UUUCUGUAUAUUUAAAAAAUAACCGUACAAGGGCAUUUUCAUAAUUACAUGAAAUGGCAUUUAAUGCUCAUUAAGUUUUAUUUUUGAAAGGAAACAAAGUUAAAACUAGAUGUGAUUACAGUUUGCUUCCUCCUAUUUCGGAAAUGAAUUAGUUUUUGAGGCCGUGAUUCCAAACAAUUGACUUUUGAUAUAAAUAUAACGAUGCAUAUAACAUGGACGUUAGAUGUUUAGUGUUCUUAUUAGUACCAGUGGCGGACUAUAUUUAUGCUCAAGACAGAUGUGAAGGAUACGAAUGCUGCGCUGGAUAUAUGUUAGACAACAACACAAGUUUAUGCGUUCCGUGUAAUACUGGAUUCAUUGGGAAAUACUGCGAGAAGGAAUGUCCAUACCCGACAUUUGGAGACGGAUGCCAGCAACAAUGCUUCUGUGAACAAGAGCAUUGUAGCAUAGUUAGGGGCUGCAUCACAUUACCAGGCAACGGAAGCGGUUCAACUCAAGAAUACGAUGGCAUUUCAGCAAGCAACAUAAUACAUGUGUCACUUGCAGAAAAAGAGUAUAAACCGCUUUCAUUAAAUCAAACUAAAGCUGCUUUAUUUGAGGAAACUUCCCCACCAAGUGCAAAGUCAACAGCGGCUAAUACGAGACAGAACAAUGUCGGUGGUGAUAUAAAGAACGGACAAAACCCAAUGCUGGUUGGUAUUUUCGUGUUUAAUGCCUUCUUUGUCGUGAUAAUCUUUGUCAUAGUAAUGUACUGUGGCAUCAAGAAAUACCGAAAACACAUAAGAAACAAGAAGGAUAACUCUGCAAUAUCUGUUCAAUACUACGAGAUCGAUGAAGAUUUAGCGGGUGGUAGCAUGAGUUAUCGCACCCUGCACACAAUAGAAGAGACUGAGGUCCGAGACAAGGCCUAUGACGAUAUUGAGAUGGGGAAAUUUCUUGUGACGUAUGAAAAUGAGCCCCGGAAUGGAGCUAGACAGAGUUCAGUGAUUCCUAUACCACCUAACAGAGCUUCGCAAACCAUGCCGAAAGAAUUUUACCCGUCCCACGAGAAUUUACCGAUUGACAAUGACCGACAUUGAAACGUAAAUGAAUUCAUUUUUAUCAAAAACUUUAAGGAUUUUUUAUUUUGAUUAUACAUGAUUGAAGUAUUUUUUUUCUCUACUUUCAAUGAAUACUUUGUUUGUGCAUGUUAUGCUAAAUGUCCAUAGUUAUGUUUUGCUAGCAUAAUAUAU